AUGUACAAAUUCGUCGCACUCUUUGCUCUCCUCAACGCCACCUUGGUCUCGUCCGUUGCUCUUACCCCGAGAGCGCCAGCUGCUACCGUCGCACACAAGGGCCUCUUCAGCGACGUGGCGAACGCGAUCUUAGUCUUCACCACAUGCAACGAAGUCAACCUGCAAAACUGUCUGACUUGGACGUCUACCACUUUACCUGUCGGUUGCACUAGCCUCAUCGCCAAUGGGCAGGGCGACCUUGUAGAAAGUGUAGCAACUCCAAGUGGUAUCGAAUGUACCCUUUUCACUGGAGAGGCUUGCACUGGCACGUCGCAGCUGAUCAACGGUACUAUCGACGAUUUGAGCGUUGUCGGCUUUUCCAAGAUUGCGAACUCGUUUACCUGCCAAUCUAGCUAG